UAGAAUAUAAAAGCGUGUUGUGAAUGUAGUCUUCUCCUUCUCCCCCAAAUUGUGAAACCCUAACAGAGCAGAGCAAUGAGUAUUCGGAGAUUGAGUGGUGAAGAGUCAAUGUCACUCUUCUCUCUCCUGAAAGCAGAUCAGCGCCCAAUCCAUGAGAUCCUCGCUGAAUUCAACUCCACACUCUCUCGCAAUCGCCAUUUCACUCUCUGUUCCUACCUUCUCAUGCUCCUCCAGGACAAUAAGGUUCUCACCACUACUGAACGAUUGAUAGCUUUUUCUCUGCUACUUGAGGCUUAUUCAUCUCAGAAACCUGCUUCCAAUCCCUUCAUAACCUUUAUCAUUAAUGCUUCCUGUGAUGAAGGGUCCAUAAAAGUUGAGAGGGCAUUUAUUCUACAACUAUUAGGUGUUGAUAGCUCCAACAGUGGCAAAGAGUUUCUUAAACAGUCUGCCUCAGAUUAUGUGCAAGGAUUUGAUCAGUCAUUGCAUGAGUUUCCUCCACUAGACCAGUUGCAGCAACAGUUUUCUGAUAAAGUUCAUCCAAAACCAUAUCAUUGUUUAUUUAAAGAUGGUUCUGUGAGAAACGUGGUCCCAGACCCAGAUGUUCCUCCAAGUUGUGAUCCAGAUUCAUCAGAGUUUGAUUUACGACCUGGAGCAAAACCUAAACUUGGCACCGGAGAUAAAGACGAGGCUGUUGUUGGGUUAUUGUCAAAUCUUUCGCUGGAAGGAUUAAGUCCUCACUGGAUCAGGCCUCUUCCACCAAGGCUCCCUAUACUUGAUGGGGAGCUAGUUUGGCUCAACCCUGACGACAAUCAUGAACUUAUGUGGGACUAUGGUAUGUGCGUUGAUACUAGCAGAGGGGCUGCAGUUAGGGACUUAAUUGCAAAAGCUCUGAAGGGUGCUCUUGCACCUACUCAGCAAGAGCAAGUCCUGUUGGAGCUGGGAAAUGAUCCAAAGCUCGUAUAUCAUUGUGGACUGACCCCAAGAAAGUUGCCAGAACUGGUGGAAAACAAUCCUCUGAUUGCAGUUGAUGUUCUCACUAAGUUGAUAAAUUCUCCUGAAAUAGCAGAAUACUUUACAGUACUUGUGAACAUGGACAUGAGUCUACACUCAAUGGAAGUUGUGAACAGGCUUACAACUGCAGUUGAACUGCCGUCGGAAUUCAUUCACAUGUACAUAACUAACUGUAUAUCAUCCUGUGUGAGCAUUAAGGAUAAAUACAUGCAGAAUAGGCUUGUCAGACUUGUUUGUGUCUUUCUGCAAAGCCUAAUUCGGAAUAACAUUAUCAAUGUUAAAGAUCUCUUCAUUGAAGUUCAAGCGUUUUGCAUUGAGUUUUCGCGGAUUAGAGAGGCAGCUGCGUUAUUUAGGCUUCUCAAAUCAUUGGAAUGAUUGCUGUUUUAGCCAGUUAAUUUCCCCUGUUCGGAGACGUCUUUGUAGAUAUGUUUCUACCUAGAGCUAGGUAGUUGUGUACUAAUUUUCAAAUUACAGAUAAUCAUUAUAGUUUGUUGACAUUCAUACUUCA